AUGAGGGUACAUAAGAGGAGUCAACUAAUAGAAAUGUGUCAGGAGCUGAUAGCCAUGUACCAGAAGUCAUAUGAGGUGUUGCUGCUGCAGGACGGAGUUAGUGCAGCCAAGCCUGAUGACACAGGUGCCAAGCCUCAGCUUACUCCACAACUCCUGCAGACCUUCAAAUUCUGUAACACCUGGGUGAUUGCACACUAUCAAUUCCAGCUGCAGUACCAGGACGAUGUGACCCUACGGGGGGAAAUGAUCAGGACACAGUAUAGCAAACUACAUCCACCCCUCAAUGAAGAAGUGAAUCAAUAUAUGGCAUGUAUGAAAAAUCAAAGCAGUAUUAUUUUAGAGGCGCUCAGGGAAAAUGAAGCCAUGAUGGUCCACAAGAGGAGUCAACUAAUAGAAUUGUGUCAGGAACUGAAGGCAACAUCCCAGAAGCCAUAUGAGGUGCUGCUGCUGCAGGAUUUGGAUGACUUGUUCAGCAGGAGUGAGUUAGUGCAGCUGACGCAGAGAAUGAAACCAAAACUCAGUGCCCAUCCUAAUAUUGGGCUGACUGCAAGGUACAAGUACUUCCAAGUGAAAGUUUUCUUUCAAAAUUUAAUCAUAUACAACUGCCACAGAAGCUUAGUUUUUGGUGUCAGAAGAUUCACCUCUAGAUAUUGCAAUGGACAUACAUUUCUGGCUGUGCCUAGAUCCUAUCGUGCUUCCUGGGGAACAGAGAGCUUUACCACUGGAAAACAUUACUGGGAGCUGGAUUUGAAGAACUAUAAGGAAUGGGCUGUAGGGGUCUGUGACAAUGUCUGGUUAAAGAAGAGAAACUUUGAGAUUGGAUCUGAAGGAGCAUUUCUUCUAGUGUGUUUGAUGGAUGGUGAUCAUUACAGUCUCCACACUACCUGCCCAAUAUUUCAUCACCACAUAGAGAAACCAACUGGUCGGGUUGGUGUGUUCCUUGAUUGUGAGGGUGGAUGUGUGAGUUUCCUGGAUGUAACCCAGAGUUCUCUCAUAUACAGCUACUGCCCUGGAACUUUCCAUUGCACUGUCAGGCCUUACUACUGUACUGUCUACAAAUGGUCAUAG